UGACAUCAAUAAGGGAUCAUAGUUUUCACCUGGAUUCACCUGGUCAGUCUAUGUCAUGGAAAGAGCAGGUGUUCUUAUUGUUUUGUACACUCAGUGUAUACAUGUGUAUGGUAUCGUGAGCUUCUGAAAUUAUGUCCGUUGCAUAAGAAAAUAACGCCGUAUCUAUAUUCUUUGUAUUGAGCGCUCCGGUGUAUUCUGGUCAAGUGCUGGAAGUUGCAUUGCAGGGGUGUGACUAGGCUACCUCUGCAGUCGAGGGGGGAACGUUCUCAUAGAAAUGCUUCUAUAGCGACUGUCUCCUCAGGACCUCGCAUCGCAUGCAUCUCGAGUGGGAAGGGCCCCUCGUUGAAUGAUUUCAAUACAAUUAGUCGAGCGGAUGCGCUGAACAGGGGUGAAUCUCCAUCACGUUUUACCCCGGAAAGACAGGCACCUGUGCGUUGCGAUGGAGAGCGGCGAGUAAACUGAAGGGAGAGCGGUGGAGUUGUACCCCCCUUCCCCCUUGCACCAAAAUAAAACUCCAAGGCUGGUGGCUGUACAAUGUCCUCAGCACAGGGCAAGGACAUAUCGGACUACCAUAUCAGCGUGGUCCGAGCUCCCCCCGAAUGGGAGGUAGGGGUGUUCGUGGCUGGGUUCCUCCUGUUGUUGGCGGUGGCAGGAGUCAACCUCUGGAAGUUAUGGAAGUCUGGAACCUUUCCUGCACCCUCACCCUUCCCAAACUUUGACUACCGCUAUCUACAAGAAAAAUAUGGCAACUCCUUCUCAGAAGCGCGGCAAAAGAGAGUGGUCGCCAACAACCACAGACGGGCCUCCGCCUCCACCAACCUGAGUCGUAAGCCCAGCCUGCAGCUGGUGGACACCCCGGAUGGGCUGCGGGACCUGGGACACCUGGAGCUGAUGAGCCGGGACCUGAUGGACCCUGCCGUUGGGGUCGUGCCCUUCAACCGCUCCAUGUCCACCGACUCUCUCAGCUCUAUUUCCUCCAUCGGCAACAAUUUUGGGCACGACUACACAGUGGGGCAGCUGGAGGUGACCCUGGAGUACGAGGCCCGACCAGGGCCUGGGCCGGGGGUGCUCCACAUCGCCCUGCACCAGGGCAAGGACCUGCUGGAGAAGGAGGAAGGGGACUUCCCCGGCUGCUUUAUCCGGGUCACCUUGGUUCCUGAAGAACUCAACGUGGGCAUCACCAGGGUCCAGAGGAAUGCUUUCACAGUCGUGUUCGACGAGCGUUUCUCCAUAGCCCUGGAUCCAUCUUGUCUGGAGGAGAACAGCCUGCGCUUCGCUGCAUUCGGCAUCGACGCGGAGGAGAGGAACAUCAGCGCCGGCCUAGCAGAGCUCAAGCUGUCUGACCUGGACCUUUCUAUCAGACCCUUCAAUGCCUGGCUCUACCUGCAAGAUGUUAACAAGGCCGUGGAUGCAGUUGGGGAGAUUCUGCUGUCUCUCAGCUACUUGCCCACCGCUGAGCGCCUUACAGUGGUGGUGGCCAAAGCAAAGAACCUUGUGUGGACCAAUGACAAAACCACAGCAGAUCCCUUUGUCAAAGUGUACCUUCUGCAAGAUGGUAAGAAAAUCAGUAAGAAGAAGACCUCCAUGAAAAGAGACGACACCAACCCCAUCUUCAACGAAGCCAUGAUCUUCUCUGUGCCUGCUGUCGUCUUACAGGAACUCUCCCUGAGGAUCACAGUGGCAGAGGGCACCGACGACGGCAGGGGCGAGAACGUGGGUCACGUGAUUAUCGGACCCGAGGCGAGUGGCAUGGGCAUCACCCACUGGAACCAGAUGUUGGCAACACUGAGGAAACCUGUGUCCAUGUGGCACCCUCUGCGGAGGACCUAGUACCCCUCCAUCUCCCUCUGUACCAUACCUCCGGUCACCAGGGUUGGGCUCAAUUCCAUUUCAACUCACUCCAUUCAGGGGAUACAUUGAAAUUUCAGUUUGAGAAUUGAAAAAGUGCCAUUUAUUUUCAAGGAGGAUUUUCCACUUCCUAAAUUGAACGAAUUGGAUUGGAGUUGAUCCCGACCCUGCCGGUCACUCCUCUUUGCAUGGUGCCUACUGUAGUACUAUUUUACUGUCCUCCAGAUAGGGAGAAUAAAAAAGGAAGGGGUAAAAUAGCUUCUUUUUUCAGGAAACUAGUCAUUUGUCUUUUGAAACCAGUCUUACUCUGCACCUAGUGGUAUGUGAGACUAAUUGGCAGGUGGCGUGGUAAGCUUUAUCAGAUUUGCUUGUGAUCAUUUGUAAAAUGUGAGAGUGACAAACUUUUCCUAGUAUGGUUUUUGGUAUGUAUCAUAUCUUCUUGUGCUUUUUAAAAUCCAGGUUCUCAAAUCCAGGUGAUAUCAAUUGUAAUUUGUAGCAAUUGUAACAGGGUGCCCAAAUCUGACCUAACAGGUAUAUAGGUACUAUAACUUGUUGCAUUGUACGAUUUGUAUCAUAAUAAAUGCAAUACAAGUUGCAAUGUCAUUCUGAUAAAACAGUGUUAGGAAUGUAAAUAAUGUACAACUGCUUUGUUUUAGUUGUAUUCAUUGAAAUAUGAAUAUGUAUUAUUAUGGUAUUAUGUUGAUAAUUAGUGUGCACUUUCAUUGCAUAUUCAUAAUCAUCAAAAAGCCAAUACUAGAGUUACACAAACACAUAAUCAGGUGAAUAUUAAUUCAGUAGAUCUAUUUACUAUGUAUUAAAAGGUAUGUCACCCAAUGCAUUCCAAAAUGAAGCCAUAUCUCAUGCUUGUAGCCCUUAUAGACGUGUACUAAUUGUUUGUGGAUGCAUUUAGUGGUCAGUUUUACCCGUUUGAUCCUCUAUCGGCUUUAAACUGCUAAACAUAACCUCCUGGACUCUCUUUAGGAGUAAGAGCACCAUAUUAUCUAGGUGAAUGCAUAAAAUACUCAAAUGGGCUUUAUCGAUGUUGACCUCGACAACCAUUACUGUCGACUUGGAUGUAACUGAUUAUUUCACUUGGUUGCAUUGUGAGGGGGGUGCAAUGAAGACGUUUAUUUGCUAUCUGUAACAAUUUGGCAAUAAUGUUUGUACAACAGAAUGUGAAUUAACAAGUGACCUCCCCUUGCAUUGUAUAAACAGGUCAGAUCGCCCGUUAUUACCUGAUUUGUAUUAAUUCAGUGCAAAACUAACCAUGCGUUUAAAGGCACAAAAUACAGUAUUGUCACUCAAUAACCUCAAGAAAAAUUCUAACAAGACGCUUGUUAAAUGCUACAUCUGGGCAACCAUUCCUUACCACUCCUUUGCAUUCCACAAUCAACAAUGUGAUGCAAUAUUUCCUACUGUGCCAAAUUCAUUAUUGAAGCAAUAUUUUCAUUUAGCCUACAGUGAGCAUUUGCAUUUUGUGAUCAAUGCCAUGCAUGCACUUGUUUAGCACUAGUUAUGGUUGUGCCACCAAAUAUGUGUAUUGUGUAAACAUUGUUUCAAAUAUAAGAGUUGCAACAAAUGGCCUGGUUUAACAUGUUUGUGCUAUCUAUGAUUUUGUUAUCUCCCUGCUUAUUUCCCUUUUGUC